GCUCCAUUUACAGUGCGCGCUCUUUUGAAGAAGCGCAGAACUGAACCAGAAAUGUGCGGUGAAGCUCUAAACCCUAGAAAAUGGCGGUUCACCUGGGAAGCCCAAUCCCACCAUCCCACCCUCAAGCUCCUCCUCUUCAACCCCGCCGCGCGCCCGGUCGAUCAAUGCGGCGACCUGAGAGUCCGGUCGGACCCCGCCCGGUCCGCCGUCGCCGUGAGCUUCACGGCCGGUUCCGGACGAGACGUCUCGCUUCUGGUCCCGGUCCCCAGGGUCCUGAUCGACGGCGACUCCCCGGCGAGCUUCAGGGCGCUGGAGGAUCACAUCGAGGUGAAGCUCGCGCUCCUCCUCCCCGUCGAUCACCCGGUGAUGUCUAACCUCCACGCCGCGUUGGGUUUGUCCGACGAUGGAGGAGGGGCGUUGCUGCUACCGGAUGCUCCGAAGCCGCUCUCGACGGACUCCGAUUUGGAGAAACUGUCCUCUAAGGGAAGUGUCGAUUUUUACUGCAGAAGUUGCUCGGCUAAGCUGACCAGGAGUCCCAUCAGCUGCUUUCUCGACUCACCAUCGAUCAAUUGGCAAGAGGUAGCUGACAACUGGUUUGGGACUUGCUGUUGCUCAUUUGGAGGUAUAAGCGAGAAGCUAGUGUCUAGGUAUGCAAGGUCCUAUGCUCCUUCAAGAGGGAGAUGCUUAUUGACAUCUAGAGCAGUCAUUAUUUGCAAAGAUGAUCUUAUGAAUUGUGAAUGUCCAGAAGAUGAAAGAAACCAAAGUUGUGAAUAUCGACCCCUAUUGUCUAAUGAAGAUGGUUAUCAGAGUAAAGUUCUGAUGCAUACUGGAAGUGAUCAUGCAACUGGGCUGACGCAUGUUUGUGAAGGAAAACUGAAGUCUAUGCAUCUUAAUGAUGAGAAUCUCCUUGAAUGUGAAGCUGUUGGUGCUGAUGGUGAUGGAUCUAUUUUAUAUUGUGAAUCACCAGGGUUGGAUCUUACAAGAAAUGAGACAUCAGUCAAUGGAUGUUGUCUUCACACUAGUCAUUCAUUAAGCUCUGAGCAUGAAGGCCGUGUGACGGAUGCAUCUGAAGAUAUGUGUAGACAACUGCCUCCAAGCCAGAGAUAUUUUCUGAAUGGCUUUCUUGGAGAUGUUUUCAUGGCCAAAUCUCACAAUAUUUCAACAGCUAUUGAGUGGGUUGAAUUUUCAUGUCCCCAGUGUUCAGCGCUUCUUGGAUCUUAUCCUUGUGCCGACAGCUGUGCACCUGUUGACAAUGGAGUGAGGUUCUAUAAAUGUUGUGUAUCUACUAAUAUGCCAACCAAGGGACCAGAUGACUUGUUCAAGGAUUAUACAUUGGAGAGAAUGUUCAGUGACCAGAUUUUGGAAAGUGCAAAGGAUGACCUAUCCUUUCGUACAGUAGUUAGAGAUAUGAAGACUAAAUCUCCAGUUCUUCAAAUAAUUCUUUUAAAUCCAAAUUGUUGGUUGUCUACUGGUUACUGCUUUGACAUGGACAAUCCUCCAGAGUCAACCACGAAGCUUAUUCUUCAACCUGUGAUUAAGGUGCUUUUCAAUGACUGCAGGGACAAUACAUUGCUUAGCUCAAAGAUGAGCGAAGAAUGGGUUAGAACGCAUUCAGCUGAUGAAGUGUUCAUGCUGAUGCGUCAAAUGGAAGCAUUGAUUGCUUGUCUUGUUUCAGCUAAAGACAUAUUUCCACCUUCAAUGGUGUCUUUUGAGGGUUUAACUUUGUCACUUGUUCAGAGGUGACAUGACUAUGUGCUAAGCUUUUCAUCUUCCGGGGGAUCCUUUUGAGAAUUUAGUGGAUGAAAUCAACUGAAGAAUUAUCGAUCCUGAUGAAACAGACAGGACUAUAUUUUCUCAAUCUUGAAUCCUGUUCAUUUGCAUUCGGAAGGAGCCUUCAGAUUAUCUUGUAGGCUGAUGCUCCUUCUUUAGAAAUGACUAGAUUGAUCCAGGGCUCCCCAUUUGAUUUAUUUGUGUGCAAGAAUCAGCAACUUAAACUUUAAAGUUCAUCCAUCUUUCUUACCGCUGCUGCUCUUAAUGAGUAAAGAGAAGUUUGUGUGACAGUUGAUGUUGACAAGAGCAUUUGUUAGCCAUCAGCCUGUUAUUCUCCUUGCACUUGCUCCAAUUAAAAGUAUAGUCCAAAUCUUCCUAAUGGCUGAUCCUUUGAGUGGCUGACCUGAAGCGCCUCUCCUUCGUCAUGAUUAAUGAGGAUGAAGAAUGAAGCGAAGAUGCAGAAGUUUUAGCUCUAUCUCAUCUCAAGAUAUACAUUGAACUAUUCAUCUUUUUGUAAGACUGGGCUUAAGUUGUUAUGUUCAUCCUCUUGCAUUUUUCAGAUAUAUGCACUUUACAAGUUUGGUUGUACAGCUUUUUGUUGGUUGCAAUGAGACGAUGGCAACAUGAAAAUGAUCUGCAAAGAGAUGAAUGUUUUAGAUUUACAGGAGUCACGUAUAAGGGGACUCUUCUCAGCGGUUUGGGUUGGUCUCCAUUUCCUUUUGCAAAUUUUCAAGUUUGUGUUUGUGGAUGUGGUGGAUCUCUCCAUUCCCUGCUCUUGAAGCCAUUGGACGGUGCUGGCUAUUCAGACUUGUAUCUGAUGGUGUGGCUCGAUUUUCAUGCGAUUCUUUUGCUGAGGAAUGGCAAGAAACCUUGAGUUGCUCCUUCA